AAUGCACUGCUCUCGCAAAGCACAACACAUCGCCAUUUUCAGCGUUCUGGGAGCUCUGCAGACUGGAUCAGCAAAGUAACUAGGUCACAAGAUCGCAGAGAGGAAAAUAAAGGAACAAUCUCCACCAAAACGACGGAUUUAAGUGGCUGAUCUCACUGCUCCGACCCCGCCGACUGAGAGCAAAUGAUCGUGAUCAGCUGGUCCGCUCGGAUGAAGUAUUCAAGCGCAGGCCCGGGCUGAGGACAGAGCUGAGCGCCUUCCUAACUGCCGUUCCAACAUAAUCCAGGUCGGCGUUGCCAUGGCUAUGAUGUAGGGGGCGUGGUCGCCUGUGCAGUGACUAUACUACAGGCUGCUUCUCAGGCUGAGGCUGCAUUAAAUUCACUGCAAAAUGAAAAGAGGGCAGAAGAGAGGAGAUCUGCAGGAGGAUGGAGGAGGCCCAAGCCCUGGUUUCCCUGAAACCUGCAAAAAGCUUCGUAGAGAGGGUUCAGAGGAGCCGCUGCAGGAGCAGGGGAUCUGCAGCCCAGAAACCAGAGUAGACUGGGGCUGCUUGCCUCAGGAGAUCCUGUUACAGAUUUUCCAGUAUCUGCCCUUGCUGGAUCGGGCAUUCGCCUCACAGGUGUGCAGGAGCUGGAACCAAGCUUUCCACAUGCCUGAGCUCUGGAGGUGCUUCGAGUUUGAGCUCAACCAGCCUGCCAGCUCUUACUUGAAGGCCACACACCCAGACCUCAUUAAGCAAAUCAUCAAGAGACACUCCAACCACCUUCAGUAUGUCAGCUUCAAGGUGGACAGUAGCACUGAGUCUGCAGAAGCAGCCUGCGAUAUCCUGUCUCAACUGGUGAACUGCUCGCUCAAAACCUUGGGGCUUAUAUCCACAGCACGACCCAGCUUCAUGGAGUUGCCUAAGUCUCAUUUCAUCUCAGCCCUGACUGUGGUUUUUGUAAACUCCAAGUCCCUGUCCUCACUGAAGAUUGAUGACACACCAGUAGAUGACCCUUCACUCAAAGUUCUUGUGGCCAAUAAUAGCGACACACUCAAGCUGCUGAAGAUGAGCAGCUGCCCUCAUGUCUCACCUGCAGGCAUUCUGUGUGUGGCUGACCAGUGCCAUGGCCUACGUGAGCUAGCACUUAACUACCAUCUGCUGAGUGAUGAGCUGCUGCUGGCGUUGUCAUCUGAGCGUCACGUGCACCUGGAGCAUCUACGGAUUGAUGUGGUGAGUGAGAACCCAGGGCAGAUGCAGUUCCAUACCAUCAAGCGCAGCAGCUGGGAGGCCAUGGUUCGCCACUCGCCCAAGUUCAGCCUUGUCAUGUACUUCUUCCUGUAUGAGGAUGAGUUUGGGCCAUUCUUCUGUGAUGAGGUGCCUGUCACACACCUCUACUUCGGCCGCUCUGUGAGCAAGGAGGUGCUGGGCCGCGUGGGGAUGACGUGCCCUCGCUUGAUUGAGCUAGUAGUAUGUGCCAACGGCUUGCGGCCUCUCGACGAGGAGCUGAUUCGCAUUGCUGAGCGCUGUCAACAUCUGUCUGCCAUCGGCCUAGGGGAGUGUGAGGUCUCCUGCAGCGCAUUUGUGGAGUUUGUAAAGAUGUGCGGCCGCCGCCUCUCUCAGCUCUCCAUCAUGGAGGAGGUGCUAGUGCCCGACCACAAAUAUGGUCUCGACGACAUCCACUGGGAGGUGUCAAAGCACCUGGGCCGUGUCUGGUUCCCUGAUAUGAUGCCCACCUGGUAGGGUACAGCCACAUCACUGUGCACAGGGUUUACCCACUUCUGCAAACCAAGCCUUGCCCUACUCACAACUUACUCACCUCACAAAGGAGUGAAUAUUCCUUGAGAAAUUACACACAUUUCACUGAAUUUGCAGUAUUACUGGGAGUUUUUUUAGUUGAAAUUUUAGAAACACUGCAGCUUUAACCAACUGUCACUACAAGUAACACCCUCUUAACUGGUCUGGUGUGAACUCAAAUUCAAUUUAGUCAUGUGUUGAAUAAUUUCUUUUAAACGUCUGAAAGUUGUUUUAGCCUCUGUAAAUUAUUACUCCUCUGCCAUUCCGAGUAUCUCAUAGUAGUAUUACUGACUACAUGACUUUUUCAAUCAUGAAGAUAUUUUGCUAGUAAAUCCCCACCAUUUAAACACUUAAUUACAUCUAUACUUAGUAGAAAAAAGAGAAGGGGUGGUAUUUUUUUUUUAUAGUUGAUGGGUGGGUAAAAAGCCCCCCAUUCAGAGAUGGUUAAUCCAGUUUGACAUAGCUGUCUAGAAUGUGUAAAUCAUUUUCAGAAGAGUGUCUCUUAUCCUUCAGGUCCAGGUAGACAGCUGUGUCAGGACCUGGAGAAUUUGCCCGCAGUGGGUAGCAUUGCCAUCUAACAGCUCCAUGGUCCUGGGUUCGAUCUGAGCUUGAGUUACUGUCUGUUUUAGGUUUUGCAUUUCUCUCCAUGUUCACGUGGGGUUCCUCCAGGUUCUCUGCAGGUAGGUGGAUUGAAGAUGCAAAAUUGCCCCAAGGAGUGACUGAGUGUGUGAAUGUGUGUAAGAACAGUGCCUUGGUAUGGACUGGCGGUGCAUCCACCAACACAUUCUAACUAUCCUGAUGGCUAUCCAGUUGGACAGUGUAAAUGGCUGUUGGAAAAUGUGCUUUCUGCAGAUUUAAGAUAGAAAAAAAAAAGUUAUGUCUCUUAAUAGUUGUAUCUCUUAUUAAGUGUUUCCUUUUAGUCUAUUUUAUAGUCCUCUACAAACCUUAAUAGUCUGCUGUCUGAUUUUUGGGGCAGAGCAACAAAACAUUUUUCUUUGAGGCUUCUUAGCUUCCCUUGAUUGUUCCAAACAGAUAAAGGUAUCAGUGUCUCCACUUGCAAAACAUUAUUGGAGAUUUAAAAUAAGAAAAUGAAGUUUAUCGGGGCUAUUUCAUUAUACAAGAAAGCAAACACAUGCACGUGUAGCUUUAUUUCAAUUUUAUAAUGAGAUUAGUUACAGCUAAUAACUUGUUAGGCUUAUUUACUAUCCUGACUUCAGUUUUGUAAGCAUUCCUGACCUUGUUAACAAUUAAACACUAAUGCUAGCAAUUGCAGCUACAGCGAGAAGUAACUAGCUUCUCGUAUUUUGUCUGCUGUAGUGAUGUAACAUGUACAUGAUACAUGUUAUGUAUGUCUGACCACGCUCCCUUCUUUUCCCUUCUUGGUGUUGCUGCAGCAAUACCCUGUUCACACGUGCACUGGCUGCAGCCUACACACCUCCUAAACCACGGACUAUAGUUAUUGGGCAUGUUAGGACAAUGGCAUAUUGCACACAAUCUCACAAGCCUUCCUUGUGCCCAGUGUUACCGGGAUAGGCUCCGGAUCCACCGUGAACCUGAUCAGCAUAAAGCUUUUACUGAAAGUGAGUGAGAUUGUACAUGUAUGUGUGCUUAAGAAAUGGUUUGUAAGUGUGUUUCUCAGUUUGAAAUACAUGGAUUAAUCUUCUUGUAGCUAUUUUGAUAAAAUCCCAGUUUGCAUAUGCUUUUAAGAUUUUUCUCAGAUGUUUGCACUAUUCAUCACUAUUCAACACUAUUUACCUUUUGUUGUCAUUUUUACCACUUCUACCCACUAUUUUGUUUUCUGGUGGAAGUCAGAUAGCAAAUACUAACUAAUGUGAGUUGGCUUCCUGUAAAAUUCAGUCUCUAAAGUGCCAUUCUCCUUUCUACAUGCUAAAGAGCCCAGUGUCUUGAGCAUCUUUCUCUGUGAACUCUGUGAAGGAGGUGUCAUAUCAAUAUUUUUGUCAGAGACAUAAAUUACAGUGAUUAAAUAGUGGGGAUUUUUCCAGUCAUAAAGACUUACUAUUGUGAAACAUUCAACAUAACCUGUCUGACUGAAAACCUUCACAGUCCUUCUGGAUAAUAUUCUAUUUAUGUAUACAUGUAAACUUUAUUCUGCUCCCUUUGUGUCUCCAAUUUUGUUUUGUUUGUUUGUUUUUCUGGAACCGUAAGUGAUGAGAAUGCUAAACAUAAAUUAUGCUCCACAUUAAGAGGACGUUUUCAGCAAGUAAAUGUGUCAAACUGCUUUCUGAUUAACCUUAUUUAUUGACAUUUCAUUAUUGCUUUUUGUGGCUUUUGAUUUGAUAUAUGUCUGUUAAAAAAGUGUACAUUUGCAAGGUGGCAGAGGGUAGCACAGAAAUUCAAGGUAAGGUAUUGGAGAGUAGGAAUGAAUAACUGAAUUAUAAAUUAUAUUUUUGCUUUUGAUAGUAGGCGUAGUUGAGAUUAAGGCGAACGUCAAUUAAUCAGUAUGAGCAAUGCAAUCAGUCUCAGUGUCAAUGAGAUUUUUAAUAAUUAAUACAUCAUUAAUUAAUCACAUUUAAUGUUAAGACAAACUGCUGUUUAAGCCAAAUUACUGUUUUGAGAGGACAGCAAGCUUUCAGUUGGUACAGUUUUGUAAGGAUCAUGUAAAGGUCUGCCACUUCAGGAACAAUUCUGAUUUUCACGCUGAAUCAGAGACUUGAAUUCUGUUUACUGAUUAUAAUACACUAGUCAACUAAACAGUCUUAAUGAGAAGCAAAAGUAUGCAAUCAAAUGUAUCUGUGAAACACACAAAACAAACAGGUAAAAUGACAAAGCAUGAAUUCUGUUGAUAAGCAACUUUUCAUGUGAACAUACUUAAUACAUUAUUGGGAAAUUGGUUGAUUGGUUAUUAUAUCUUGACCAGGUCUUUUGUUGUUAGUUUAUGCGUAAGAGCAAACUAAAUGUUUAUUCAAUCCUAAUGAAUGGCAUUUGUAUCUGUUGCUGUUGCUUGUCAACAUGAGGACCAAAUUUGAGGCUGGAGACUCAAAAUAAAUCAACCAUAGGCUCAAUCAAAACAUUAGAAGAAAAUCAUUUGUCUUAAUCUUUUAAUCUAAAUCAUUUGUUUUAAGCUCAAUAUUUACUGAGUAAUAGCAAACAACUUGUCAGACUGCAGUUAUGGAUGACUGAAGAAUAUUUUCAGGAAGAAAAACUGGUAAACAAAUUAAAAGCUGUAUACAGGGUGUAGGCUUAGAUGUGUCAAAGACUACCAUAGAGAAUGUGGAAGGAAUACACCAAUAUGAGCUCAAAUAUUGUUUAUGACCAAAUGCAAACAGAAAAGCUUGUAGAGUUCUGUGACAAAUUCUUAUGUACAGAUGAGAUGAGUCUGCACCAGCUUCUUCUGGGUUCUCUGGUUUCCUCCAAUCCCUCAAUACCAUGUAGAUUGGCAACUAAAUUUUCCUUAGGUAUGAAUGAGUGUGUGAACCUGAGUGAAGGUGUCCUGCAAUGGACUGGAGUCCCAUCCAUGGUGGAUUCCUGCCUCAUGCCCAGUGUUCCUGAGAUAGGCUCCAGAUCCAGAUCCCUGACCAGUAUAAAGCAGUUAAUGAAGAUGAAUAAAUGAUGAUGAAUAAAUGAGAUGAGAACUAAAUGUUCAUAAGCAAAAGCAUAACCACCUUAUCUAUGAAAAGUGAUUGCGUGUAUAUGUAUGAAUGUCAAUGGAACUUGUCAUUAUUGAAGGUGUGACUGCAGCAUGACUUGAAAAGCAUACAGUAGUAACUCCACAGAUUCAGUCAAAUAACUCAGAAUGGAUGAUCCUUCACCUUGCAGCAGGACAACAUGAAACAUUCUACUCUAUAACAGCUAUGGAAUUUCUCCAGAGCCUAAGAUUGGAAUGUGUCUGGCUAAGUCAAUCACCCAACUUACUGAUGUAUAUUAUUUCUGAAAAUGACUGAAGGGAGAGAGCGCUUGACACAAGCAGGAGCAUAAAAUGCCUUCAUUACCUGGCUGAGCAUCACCAAUGAUUAUACGCAACUUCUGGUGGUGUGUGUGGGUCAGAGAUUUAUGGCACGCACCAACUGAAAGGAUUUUGUAAAGGAAAGUAAUGAAAAUGACAAUUUCUUAUCAAUGUAUGAUCAAUUUAUGAUCAGUUAGGAGGCUGUAUGUAAAACAGAUUGUAUGUUCAGUUGGUUCAUUCAGUGGAGAUAUUAUUAGCAUGUAUGGUAAUGCCCUCUAAUUAACACUGUAAUUCUGCACUUCAAACGAUCAUUACAGCAUAAAACUAGAAUUUAAUAUAUUUUUGUCAUGGUACUGUAUGUAUUAUUCUGUUGCCUGAUAUUAUAUCACUUAGUGUCAGAAUUCAUGAUUUUCUUUUGGUUUCCUGGUUUCAAACAUCAGUGUAGUGAAACUAUAAUACCUAGCAAGAAUUGUGCAAAUAUGUAAUUCAUCCAUCAGUAAUCCCUACUGUGAUCAAGCAGUCUGGAACUUUCAGUGAGACACUUUCAGUGAGGAAUAGCCUGCCUCACUCGCAAAAACCGCAAGCCAGAAUUUGUUUUCUAAAAUGUCACGGUGAGCUGUUGGGUGUUCGUAAAUAUAUUUGUUUCCUGCAUACUAUUGAAUCGGACACCUUUCCAACAGAAGACAACUGAAGGAAGGAUAGCACUCUUAGGACACGGGUUUUAGGGUAAAUGGAUCAUUUUGUUUACGAACACCAAAGCGGUCUAUACACCACCAAAAAUGAAAAGUAUUUAUGAUUUUGCAGCCAACACUUCAAACUGGAGGACUAUGAAAGAUAUUUGAAAGUGGAAAUACUGGGUCUUCUGCCAAAAAUUGUAAAGAAAAUGGUGAUUCCAUGUGUUUAGUACAAAACGGAGAGCAGAGAACAGUUGCAUGCGUGCCCAAACAAGCAAAAGGAGCCGAACUGUGCUAGAAGAACUAGCUAAUCUCCUCUAGCAAAUGCUUGGCUUCACUCAUGUAACUACUAGUAAGAUGGCUAGUAAAGUCACUAACACCAAGGUAAAUGAUCAUGUAAUAUUGCUAGCUAAAAUUAUGGUAGUUAUUCGUGUUGUUGCUAACUUCACUUAUUUGACUCAGUGUAAUUGAAAGACUUAUAUUUAGUCUCUGCUUGUUUCCUGCUGCUCUUCUCACUGGUACAGUUCUGUAUAUUCUGGCUUGAACCUGUAUGGAUGGAUGUCACUGUACAGCAGUAACUCAGAAAAAAUCCUCAUCCUUGAAUCAUUUCUGUCACUUCAGUAAUCCAUUAGCUCCACUGCAGUAAUCUACAUACAAAGCAAAGUGAUUGCUUAUUAGCAGUACUCAGCUAGCUGUCUGGCUUUCCUGAAUAUACCAUUAGCUAGUGAGCAUCACCCCCCAUUUCCCCUUUCUCCCCACAUUCCCCACACGACCAUUGUAGUUUUUCAAAUUUUGUAAUCCGAAGGGGGUUUCCCCAGUAUGUAAACGGUCAAAUCUUGCUGCAGAGCCACUGUGCCAUCGCUGUAAGAUGCAACACAUGUAACACAUAUAUCAAUGUUUUUUUUUUUUUUUUGGGCCGGAGUAUCCCUUUAAGUGAUAAUAUUUCUGGGCUUUCACAUGCAGUGUACAGGAUUACAGAGUCAAAAAGAAAACCUGCAGCACAGUCAAAGUACUGUCUAAAAUCAUUUUUGCUGCUGUAUGACCAAAAGUUUAAGACUCAAAGACAUAAAAGUGGAAUGUGCUCAUCUGGCUCAGCAGUUGUGGGGCAGGAAGAACUGGACAUGAUCACUGUAGCCCACUUUUGCCAGUCGACAAGCAUCCAUGUUAAUCUAAAAGGAAAGACAAGCACUAAUUAUGACCCAUGUUUCAUAUUCUCUUCAAAUGUGAAAUCUUUGCUGGAAUUUUAUGAAAAGAGGCUCAGGUCGGGUGUGUGCAGCUGAGAAACUAGUUACUUUUAUGGGUUGAACACUGGUUUACUAGAUUCCCAAGUCCCAAAUUAUGCACACAUGAACAUCUUUUACAGUUUAUUAAACACUAACAGAUCCACACCAAUGUUUUGCUAUAGUUCUUAUUAUUUCCUUUCAUCUUUGGGAAAGGGACUUUGUAUUUUCUUACUGAAUAUUAUAGAAAAUUGGUCAUGUGUUUUAUUCUGUAUAAAAACCUGUGUAAAAAAGGAAACACUUAUUUUUAUAUGUAUGCAGAACAAUUUUGCUGUUUUUAGGACAGUUAUUCCUUUCUGACUACAUUUUGUACAUAUACAAAAUUACUUGAUUUUUCUUUUUCUUCCAUGUUUUCUUGUCCAACUUUCAGAUAAACUGACAAAAUGACAUCGGUAGACUGAGAACCAUAUUACAGAUAGCUAAUGUUCAAUCUGAGUUCCUUGUAGGCAUGUGAUGCUCUUAUGUGCUCCUGAUCGACUUUGCCAUUGCUUUCUGUCUUAUUAUCUUAUGUCUUAUCUGUCUUAUUCCUGCUCUUUUUUUUUUUUUUUACUCCACACUUAAUGAAAGCACUUUUACAGGCACCUUGACCAUCUCAAAAGUGCAUAGUUGCAGGAUCCACUUUUAGUUCUCUAAAUUACUUUCAGUACCUGCAUGCAUGUGUUAAGGCUUUCUCACAAAUGUUUCUCACAGCGUUGACUUUUCAUUGGUUUGCACCAUGAAAGCCCUAUAAGCACUUAGCAGGCUUGGCCAGCCAACAUACUAUAUCUGUCAAUGUACCAUGAAUUCUAACCCCCUGUUUAAGUGAAUGCACAUGUCCCUCAUUUAGUUUAGUUUGAUUAUAAUUGUAAUUAGAUAUUUAUGUUCUUUUAAUCUUUUAAUCAUUCUGCCCUGCACUUUAUUUAAAGUUGUAUUGCUUACAUGUACAUAAUAGUAAUGAAAUUGUAUGAAUAUUUCUCUUGAUUAUUUUUCUUGGUAGUAAGUAAGGUGUGAGCUUGUUCCAAAGCACAACUGUGUUCUUUCAAGAUUUCUUUAAUGUCUUUUGAGCCAGUUUGAUAAAUAUUUUUGUGUAUGUUUCCUUAAAGCAUUUUAAAGCAGAAGUGGCACUUAAUGUCAUGGAAGUGUUUUUGUUGUUUUGGAGUAAAUUUUGUGAAUGUAAUAAUUGUCUGUCAUUUUAUUUGUAUUAAAACAUAUACAAAUAUA